AAGAUAAUGUUGGCGACACUGCGUGCGUACGCGCUGCCGCCUCGCGUAAUGUAAACACGUGGUACCUUUAAAACGCUCCGUAUAGGUUAGAAGUGUAAGGAUAAUUCAUUUAUAAUUGAGAAAUCAGUAAUAAAAAUAGAUUAAUCGAAGGAAAAUCAUCAGAAAGUCAUCAGUGCUGCACGAUGAAGGUCAAAACCUUGCGGAGAAAUCCUUUCAGCCGACCGAAGGAGAGUGGCGAUGAGGCGAACGACACAAUUGUCGAGGAUCAACCGAGCACUUCGUCUCAGGUCCUGCUGCCUUCGGACAGCAACUUUAACCACAUCAAGUGCAAGGCUCUGCGGUACGAAAAAUGUCAACAGCUGAUGAAGGAGCGAGCGAAAGCGAAGAAACAGGCGAAGAAAGCGAGGAUACAGGAAGGCGCUCCGAAGCAGACGCCACACACCAUAGAGAGUCUACGGGAGAAGGAUGAGACCAUGAUAGUGGGCGACUUGGAGGACGAGGCGAACCAGGAGAUCAAACUUGAGUGCGACAACGACGAAUUCGCCGCGUACUAUCGACAGGAAUAUGAACCCAAGGUCCUGAUCACGUACGCAGACAAUCCGAACAGGAAAACAAGGAUCUUCGGCAGGGAGCUCACCAGGAUAAUACCAAAUUCUCUCUCGCUGUACAGAAAUCGUUCCGGCGUCAAGAAGAUGGUAAAGAGCGCCACCGCCAGGAACUUCACGGAUAUAAUAAUUGUUAAUGAAAACCAGUGCAAGCCAAACGGAAUGCUCGUCAUUCAUCUGCCAGACGGUCCUACCGCGCACUUCAAGCUUAGUAACGUCAAGAUAACUACAGAACUGAAACGUAGUCACAAAGAGAUCACGGAGCACAGGCCGGAAGUCAUUCUGAACAACUUUAGCACGCGAUUAGGUCUUACCGUCGGUAGAAUGCUGGGCGCACUGUUUCACUACCAGCCAGAAUUUAAAGGCAGGAGAGCGGUGACGUUUCACAACCAGAGAGAUUACAUAUUUUUCAGACAUCACAGGUACGAAUUUAAUGCGAAGACGGGAAAACCGAGAUUGCGGGAACUGGGACCACGAUUCACCCUGAAAUUAAAAUCGCUGCAGCACGGAACGUUCGACAGUAAAUACGGCGACUACGAGUGGAUCAUACAAGGCCGCAGGCACGAGAUGGAGACGAGCCGAAGGAAAUUCUUCCUAUAAAUCCUGUAUAUUAAAAUUAUUCUAGAGGAAAAUGCUUGAAAAAAAUCGAACGCAAUUGUCUGUUAUAAUAAACUUGUAUAAAGAAACUUUAUAUUAACUCUUUCGUAGAAAAAUAUAAAUAUUAUGAAC